CAAAAUACUAUUGAAAAAUAUAUUUUUUCAAAAAAAUGGAGCUCAAACAAGGGCAAAGUGGUACAACAAACAAUCCAGAAAACAGAGAAUUCUAGACCAAAUCUUCCCCCAGUGAUAUUUACCCUAAUGAAAAUUCAAAGCCCAGGAAACACAAAAUUUCCGACCAAAUCUUCCCCAGCAAGAAACCUGAUUAUCUAACCCUACAGCUACACCAUCUCUCCCGCACCAGCAAAUUCUAUCAAAUCAGAAAGGGAAAAAAGAGAGAAACAAAGAUGGUGUUUUCAUAUGAACCCAACAAAGUUUUAUCAGCUGCUGCCUCUGUAACCGCCUCAAUAAUUCUCUUCAAAUCCAUUGCCAAUGACCUUAUACCAGAUCAAAUCCACAACCGCAUCCAUAAUUUCUGCAAACGCUUUUCAACCCAAAUCACAGUCGUUAUACAAGAAUUUGAAGGCCUCACUUCAAACAGUAUGUUUGAAGCUGCCAAUCUUUAUUUAGGCACCAAAAUCUCUCCUUCAACACAAAGAAUCAAAGUCCACAAACCCGAAAAGGAUGAAGACUUUACAGUGACGGUGGAUAAAAACCAAGAAAUUAUUGAUUUGCAUGCAGGAAUUAAAUUCAGUUGGAUUUUACAGAGCACCCAGGUCAAAGGGACUACUAAAAGUGACAAAAAUGGCAGUACCAGAACAGAAUCCAGGUACUUCGAAUUGAAUUUUCACAAGAAACACAAAGACAAUGUAUUGAAAGGAUACUUGCCAUAUAUAUUGAGAAAAGCUAAGGAGAUUAAAGAAGAGAAAAAGGUGGUAAGAUUACAUACAGUUGAUUACAAUGGCAUAGACUAUUGGAGUUCGGUGAUCUUGAACCAUCCCGCAACACUCGAAUCAAUGGCAAUGGAUCCUGAUGCAAAGAAGGAGCUGAUUGACGAUCUUGAUCGGUUCAUAAGCAGGAAGGAUUACUACAGGAGAGUUGGGAGAGCCUGGAAACGUGGGUACCUGUUCUUCGGGCCACCAGGUACCGGAAAGUCAAGUCUGGUGGCAGCCAUUGCUAACUAUCUCAAGUUUGAUGUGUAUGAUUUGGACAUAAAAGAAGUGCAAUGCAAUUCAGAUUUGAGAAGGCUGCUUAUUGGCACUGCAAAUAGGUCUAUACUUGUGAUAGAAGAUGUUGAUUGUAAUGUGGGGUUGCAGAAUAGGGAGGCUGGUGAUGGAGUACCUGAUGAUGAAAAGAUUACUCUCUCUGGACUACUUAACUUCAUAGAUGGCUUGUGGUCGAGCUGUGGAGAUGAGCGGAUCAUAAUAUUCACAACCAACCACAAGGACCGGUUAGACCCAGCCUUAUUGCGACCAGGUCGGAUGGAUGUGCACAUAGAGAUGUCUUACUGCACCUUCAGUGGUUUCAGAAUAUUAGCAUCUAAUUAUCUAAAAACGGAGGAGCACACACUAUUCCCAGCGAUCCAGGAGUUAUUGACUAAAGUUCAGGCAACACCAGCAGAAAUUGCAGGAGAGCUCAUGAAGAGUGAUGAUGCAGAUAUUGCAAUAUCAUGUCUUGUCAAGUACUUAAAGAACAAGGAGAACAGAACAUGAAUGCAGUCAAAACAUCAAUGCACUCACAAAAAAGGGAGUAGAAAUAUGUUUGGAGCACAGUAUUAAACUGUACGAGAGAACAUUUUCAACUUCAUUUCCCUCUGUUUGGUAGCCAUUAAAAAAA